CUCAAUUAUCUCCCUUGACUUAGUCUUAACUAAGAUCCGCUACAGACUGGUCCAAAGUUUUCAUCCGGGUUUCGUAUUCAGACAAAAUCUAAAUUAAACUGGAUAUUGCACAACAAAGCGUCAGUCACCAUAAGGUGGAAUGAAUCACACUGAAUGUUUCUGGCGUCGAUAUCAUAGAAGCGAGUAACUUGGUUUUACCAUGUCUUUCAUCAGAGCUGAGUGUGGUUUGAAGUGUCAAUCGAAACAACAUGCUUCCCAGUUAAAUGCAGCAAUAACAAAAGGAAGUUUUGAAGAAAUUAAAGCUUAUUUCCAGACAUGCCAUGCUGCAGGCAAACAAAGUGAUCUUGAUGGCAAUUUUCCUCUCCAUGUGGCAGCUGGCUGUGGUAAGUUGGAUGUUGUCCAGUGGCUUCUGGAUGAGAAACAUGUGGAUGUUAAUGCAGUGGACAGAGAAUCAGGAUGGACUGCUUUACACAAGGCUUUGUUCUAUGGUCAUUUGGACGUAGCAAGGCUUCUCAUUCAGCAUGAAGCAAGCCUCGAGAUACAAGAUCAUGAAGGACUGAGACCUUUCAACAUACAGAGAGAAGAUGAAUUGACCAAAAAGUUAAAAUUUCCUGGAGCCCCAAAUAAUGUGUAUGUGUGGGGAGAGAACCACAACAGUACUCUGGGAUUGUCUACAGACAAGGAAUGUCCCAAACCUACAAUUCUUGAUACAUUCCAACAGCAACACAUCACCAUCAAACAGGUGAUUCUGUGUACAUACCACACUGUAUUUCUAAGUCAUUGUGGGCGAGUCUACACUUGUGGCCAUGGAGGAGGUGGACGUCUUGGACUUGGGAAUGAGAAAACAUACCUCACUCCUCAACUGGUGAAUUCUUCAAAGGUAGAGAAAUAUAAUGCCAUUGCAGCUUCUGUCAAUCAUACGGUGAUGGUAACUGAAAGAGGCAAAGUACAUUCUUGUGGUUCAAAUGAACAUUUCCAGCUGGGGCAAAAACCUGUGCCUGCAAAUUGCCUUAUUCCUACACUUGUUUGUUUGAAAACCUCUCGUGUGAUUGGAGCCUGUACAGGCCAGUACCAUACUGUUGUCUUCACCCAUGAUGCUAUCUAUGCUGCUGGUUUCAAUGGAGGACAGUUAGGUCCACUGAAAGGAGAACAUUAUCAGAAGCAAUUCUAUCUAAUACUUGAUCUCUUAAAACUUGACCAAACAGUCAAGUGUGUUGAAAGUUCUGAUGCGGCAACUGUCUGCCUCUCUAAAAAUGGGCAUGUUUAUGUUUUCCAUGAAUUUCUGUCUCGGAAAAUCACAUCAGAUUUGAACCUUGCCACGAGAAUCACUUUGAUUGGAGGAACCCUGAGCUUGGAACAUUUAAAUACAUCCUCAUCUUCAUCCAGUUCCAGUUUGUUUCCAAAUUCUCACCUUGUUAUUCUAAUAUUUUGUAAAAGUCAAAAAAGGGUUUGUAUCUGGUGGUCAAAUACUCCCGUCAUAAAAUACUGUCGGUUUGAUUUGUGUGAUUUCAAUGUGAUGGAUAUAUGUUUGAGUAAGUGCAAUAUUGGUAUUGUCACAACUAAAGGAGAAACUUAUAUUGGCAAGUGGAAAAAAACACAAGUGACUUCCAAAGAAAAAUCUCCUCUGAAGGAGACUCGGGUUCCAUCCAAAGGCAGUUCCCUGAAGAAAAUCAUGACUGAACAUCUUCACAUGAAGCGCCUUCCUUACAUCCAUCGAGCUACACAUCUUGCCAUAAGCCAUGAUGAGAAGAACUUUGUUGUAACCCAAACUGAUCCUUUUGCAAGGUUUCUAAUAACCCUUCUUUUUAUGCCUCAGCAUUUUUUCUUUCAAAAGAAACAGUCAGGAUGCAAAUCCUGGUUUGCUCACCGUUACAUUUUAGUACACAACUCAAAGUACUUCCAAGCCUUAAUACUGAUCAAUUCUCCAAAACAUAUAGAUGAUGUUCAAUUGAUAUUGAUUCCUUACAUUCAUCCUGACCUCAUCAACCAAAUCUUGCAGUUCAUUUAUACAAAUACCUGUGAUUUGUUAACCGUUGGCAAGCAGUUUAUUUGGAGUGUGGAGCCUGACAUACAUGUGAGCCAGUGUCGGUUCUGUAGAGACAAUCAAAUGAUACAAACUGAAUCCACUGAUCCUAUUGCACUCCUUGUGCAAUUGGCAAAAAAGCUUGAACUUAAUGAACUCGUUCAAAGGUUAGAUAAUGUGUGUCUGUAUGAGAACAAAGUUUACUUCAAGAAGAAAGUGAGAAGGCUUUCAUUCAGUGAACCAAAAUUUGAUCGAUCAGCUUUCUCAGCUUUGUCAGAUGUGACAAUCAAGUGCAGUGACAGUAAGGAUCAGUUCAAAUGUCACAAGUGUGUCCUUAUCGCUCGAUCAGAAUAUUUCAGAAGUAUGUUCUCUUGUGUUUGGAGAGAGACAUCUGCUAGUACUUUAACGUUAUCAUUUCCAGCUGAUGUUCUGGAAAUUUUCCUAUGGUACCUCUACACUAAUGAUAUACCCAAUUUAAAAGAUUGUAUCUUACUGCAGGAAAUUCUAGCAAAAGCUGAAGAAACUUUGCUUGUUGAUCUAAAACACCUCUGUGAAAUCCAAAUUAUCAGAGCAAUAAAUAUGAAUAAUAUUUUUGACCUUCUGCGAUUUGCCAUGAUAUACAGUGCUGAGAAUCUUCAAAAGACAUGUCUUCAAGGGAUCUGUGAUAAUAUUACUCAUUUUCUGGAAUUAAGAUUGCUUGAUCCAAUUGAAGAAGAAGUAAUGUAUGAGAUUUCCAAGUUUUAUAAGGCAAAUUCAAAAUGUGUGAGACAUCGAGUGAUCACACCAUUUAGUGAAGGCCCUGACAGACAAUACCUGGAACAACUUGCUAAAGACUUUACCAGCAGUAAACAAGUCAACCCAAAACCUCAAGCCACACCUGUGAUCAAGAACAAAAUUGGAAGGCGCCGUAGUCGUCAUAAAAGUUUUUCCUUCAGUGAAUUAAAGACUCCUGAAGCUGUACAUAACAAUGGAUCUCCGCCAAAAGACAGUCUUGUGAAUAAUAAUAAUGAUGAUGAUGAUGAUGACAAUAAUGCUAAUAAUAACAGCAACAACAGUAAAUAUGAUAACAAUAAUGCUGAACAUAUGCAAAAUGAGGCUGGUGCUUUAAAUCAAAGUUUUACAGAAUCUACAAGCUGUCAGAAGCCAGUAGUUAUUCGUGACAAAGACAAUCCUUGGAGCUUAAUUUUGUCACCUGUGAAAGUUCCUGACAAAAGUCAAACAGGCUCUACUCGAACUCCUCCACAACCUCUACCACAUUCGCCACCACAAACUGUGAUAAGUCUGACCAACAUCAUGGCGGAACAACAAAGUCAAUUGCCGCAGCAAAAGGAGGUAAAGAGUCGGUGCCAGAAUCUAAAAGCAGCAAAGUCUGGAAGCCAUGAAAAUAAUAAAAAUACUUUCAGUUGGGGCUUAACAAGUUGUAGAAAACAGAAACUUUCAGAGGGAUCUAGCACAAUGGAAGCUACAUCUCCCACCAGUCCUCCUCCUCCUCCAGUAAUUAGUCCCUGGCAGAUAAAGAAAAAUCAAGUCAAACCUGAUACUAAUCUUCAACUGACUGACAUUGUGAAAGACGAGCUAGAGAAAUCACAGAACCUUUCCAGAACCCGUAAUAAAACCCUCCAUUACAUUCAGAUUGAAGAGAAAGCAAUAACAGACCUCAUGGCAUACUACAUAGACCAGGUAUCUUUUGACGAAACCAUCAGCAUCGAGAGGGAAUAUGUCCAUAUAGAACAGCCAUUGUGGAAUGUAAACCGCAAACUCUGAUAUAACGAGACUCUUCUUUCCUGCCCUCCUCACUCAUAGCUAUUAGCUGUGAGAAAUAUAAACUACAUGUGUGUGUGUACGUAUGUAUGUGUGUGUAUUGACAAACCAUGUGUGCAAUGACAAAAUAAGACAACCUCAAUAUUGUUGGUAAUUGAAGACUAAAUUUAUUAAAUGACGCAAGUAAGCAUUCUACAUCUGUGUCAUUUUAUAUAUAUGAUGUUAUAUUAGCUAUAAUCAACACUAAUCCUUCAUGACAAAGUAUAGUAGGGAUAUCAACUUCAAAAUGAACCUGGAUCAAGUAAAGUGUAUAAAAGUGCAACAUAUGCUUUUCAUUUUUACUUAUGAGAUGAGUUGCUGCCAUUAAAUUAGCUAAAGGCUUAGCAAAAAUGUUAAUGACUAUAUAUAUAUUUAUUUAUGUGUGUGUAUGUGUAAAUAAGACAACCUCAAUAUUGUUGGUAAUUGAAGACUAAAUUUAUUAAAUAUAUGUAUAGUGCCAGUGGAGCGCUAACAGCACCGUCCGAGCGUGAUCCAGAGUGACUGUCUGGCUUCCGUGCCAGUGGCACAUAAAAAGCACCAUUUGAGCAUGAUUGUUACCAGCGUCGCGUUACUGGCACUUGUACUGGUGGCAUGUGAAAAAUCAUUCAAGCGAGGUCGUUGCCAGUGCCACUGGACUGGCUCCUGUGCAGGUGGCACGUAAAAAAACACCAUUUGAGUGUGGCCGUUGCCAGUACCGACUGACUGAUUCUCGUGCCGGUGGCACGUAAAAGCACCCACUACACUCUCAGAGUGGUUGGUGUUAGGAAGGGCAUCCAGCUGUAGAAACUCUGCCAGAUCAGAUUGGCGUCUGGUGCAGCCAUCUGGUUUGCCAGUCCUCUGUCAAAUCGUCCAACGAUGAUGAUGAUGUUGAUGUAUAUAUGAGAUUAAAUAAAUGACAAGAGAACAGGAAUUAUGUAAUCAUCUUCGUUAGCUUACAACUGUUUCUGCAUUUUAUAGCAGAAACAGCUGUAAGCUGAUGAAGCUGUUCUUUUGUCAUUUAUUCAAUUUCAUAUUACACACUGGACUUGCAUUACACUUCAUUUUGAAGCAUAUGUAUAUUGAGUUCUAACACUAGAUUAUUAAUAUUGCUAUACCUAAGUAAAACCUUAAAACAUAUUUUUUCCUAUAGUUUCAGCUGAGAGCUGCGGCCAUGCUGAUGCACCACCGUUUACAUAUUUAUAUAUAUAUGUAUAUAUAAUAUAUGUAUGUAACUCUUUAGACUAAUGGGUAUACAUCAAUUGGUGUGUUGAGUAAAGCAUGUUCACAGUUUGUAUUGCCUGGGGUCAUCCACGGUUGGGGUAUAUAUCUGCUGAAUCUACAUCAGGAAGUCCACAGUGUUAGCUGAGAUAAUGAUAACUGAUGAAGGAAGCAGAGGAUAGAUUUAGCAGGAGCCUUUAUUCAGUUCAAUGAUUGUUUUGACUCAUCCUGAAACUGUCUGUUAUGGGUUGGAUUUUGUGCAUCUAAUUGUGUUGCAUCAAUCUAUGCAGUUUGUAUCUCAUCAGGUAUAUUUAGCGGGACAUCCCCUUCUUUAUGUAUUCAUAUGCAUAUACAUAGGAGAAAUUACAAUAAACACAAGUCUGUAUCAUUUGUUCCUGUGUACAUGUGACCAUUGUGGUUGUUUGAAGCUCUGCAUUGGAUAUUCUAAAUGCAAUUUGAUGUUUAACCACAAUGGACCUUUCUAACUAAAUUCAAUAAAGUGUUCCCCAGUGAUCCGUUGUGGUUAAGUAUCUUGAAACAUCAAAUGCAGAGUUCCAAACAACACAAGGGUGAAAUGUAUGUAGGAAUAGAUUAUAUAAGCUUGUGCUUAUUAUAAUUUCUUCUACAUUUGCUCUGUAUGUCACAACUAGCAUACUGCUAAGUAUGUUAGUAGCUUAACCACUAUACUGGAAGCAGACUGGAUGAUGGUAAUCUACAUGGAGCUCUAAACUUAAUGGUAACUGUCUUACAUCUAUUUCUACACACAAGAUACACUAUGUAUAUACAUAGACGUGUGUGUAUAUUUUGCCAAAGAAUUGUUUUAAAAUGUACUACUUUUAUUAUGUUUUAAAUUUACCUUCCACCAUACAGAUGUAACAUUUGCCCUUAAUAUCUAAGGAAAGCGUUUGAAAUAGCAUCUGAUUUAAUCCUCCAUUCUCAUUAAAUGUUGAAUCUAACAUGGCAAAAUUUUCUUAGACUUUAUAAAUAAACAAUUCCCUGUUAACCAGCAUUACAAAACAAAAUUUUUACAGAAAUGACAUAAAGGAAGUUAUUGUUGCAUUGUCAAUAGGAAAAACUAAACGACAUGUAACAGAACUAAAUCAACAAAAGUAAAUUGCACACUCUUUAAGCUUGUCAUGAAAUACUAAAGCAAUGAUAUAUGGAUCAAAGAUUUCUUCUGAAAAAAUUAAACCCAGAGACAGAGCAUAAAAAUUACACUGAAACACUGAUGGAUACAUUUAAAAUAUGAUAAUGUCACAGUACAGAAAAAUAGAAAAAUAUUUUUUCUUCAGUAAUUAACAAUUUCUGUAAGUAUUUAAAUAUCUUAAGAAGGUAAUUCAUCUUGAUUAAUGAAUAAGUAAAAACAGAAUUACUAUACUCCCUUACACUGUUUUCUUGAUGCAGCUGCAGGCAGAAGUUGAUAUCCCUAUUUUACUUUGAAUUGUUAGUGCUAAAACCAUUCUUGGUUGUUCAUUUGAUGACUGCUGCCAGAAGACACCUCUUCUGCUGUAUGAGACUACAAUUAAUGUUGACCAUAAUUAUUAUAACAAAAUAAAUAUAUCACCUUUCUAUACAUAA